AUGAAAAUACUCGNUGAUUCUCUUAUUAAUUCUUUAACAUCAUUUGGUUUUCUUGAUUCACAAAUACGUGAAAUUGUUCAAUCAAUUGGUUCAUUAAUUAAUUAUGGAUUGAUAACAGUUGAAAAUACAUCUCGAACAAAUCAUUAUUCUCCAUCAUUUCCUACAAAUUACAAUCAAUUUACAUUUUCUCAACGUGAUCGUUCAGAUAAUUAUUCUCGAAACAGUACUGAUAUGAAUUCUAAACGAUUUAAAUCUGAUCAACAACGAUCGAACAAAUCUAAACGAUAA